AUGACACCGCCACCAGGCACCCAUGAAUUGUCGGACGGCCAAGGGAAUUCGGCAGAAAAUGAUUUUAUGCAGUAUGCCCGUGACGAGUUCGCCUCGUUUGCCGGCGCGGAAAACUUUAAUCGAGUCGCCGAAAAGAUAGUACCUAUCGAGGCGGAGAAAGGUCGUCUGCUAUGUGAGUUGACUGUUGAAGACGAUCAUCUCAAUUCUAAGGGAACGGUUCAUGGCGGUAUGGCCGCUUCGAUUGUGGAUAUUGUGACGGCUCGGGCUGUAGGUCUAACAACGCGUGACAAAGGGAUGGCUAGUAUUGAAAUUUCUGUCAGCUACUUGGCCCCGAUCCUGCGCGGAGAUGUCAUUACAAUUGAGGCAAACGUGCUAAAAAAUGGGCGGACUAUUGCAUUCACUGAGUGUGAGCUGCGCAAGAAGUCUGACGGACGUCUCUGCGUAAAAGGCCGUCACACGAUCGCCUUCCUUCCCGGUCAGCCACCAGUCCAUAAUGGAAAACCACAAUUAUUC